AUGACCACGCCCGCACCUCCUGCCCCCACCCUGCCAGCACUCGACCACGCGUCCUUUCCGCACAUCUUCGACGCGAUCAUCAAACAUGCGUCGUGUUCCGACUUGGGCACAAUGCGGUGCACUUCGACCCACGUCCAGAAACUAGCAGAACUGGAGCUUGGUGCACGCAUACGCCACCUCGCCCUUGGCAACAGUGACGAUUUGCACUCCACAAUGGCGAUCCCCCACUCGUUCACGCUCCACUGCUCCACAGGGUGUCGGGGCCCGUGCAGACAGGACCGCUACCCAUUGCCCCCACGCAACUCCUCGCUCAGCAAGCGUCUCGUCCACCAAGUCCGAACAGUGGACGUCAACCCGCGCACGACGACAGCCUCCAUCGAGCAACUCUCCAACGACCUGUCAUGCGCCGAAAUCGAGCUCGAGAUCGUCCGACUCAGUCUGGGGCACAGUCCACGACACAGCCUCUCGCACGAGGUCCUCCUCCCUCUUGUCGCAAAGACUUACAUCCUCUUUGUGAUCGCAUGUGGCGCGAAAGGCAUCCCGAUACAACCAUGGCCGCUGCUGCCUGUCGGUGUGCGCAAGGUCGUCAUUUGUGUGCAGUUCCCCGUCGGCCGCCGCUGGAUGUGGCACCGCGGGACCCUGUUUGUCAAUCUCCCGCUGCCGUUUACCGUCAAGGAGGUGGUUGUCAUCUUUCGACCGCGGAGCGCCUAUGUGGAGGACAAUCAGGCGGCAGUGUCGACUGAGAUUACACUCGGCGACCUGGUCAACAAUCUCGUGACAGCUAUGAGCGAUAACACGCCGACUGUAUCGUACACCCUUGUGGGCGUCCACAACGUACCCCCAUCGGCAUUGGGACUUCUCGGGCCCUCGCCCAAAGGACUGGGGUAUGCGAGUUCACUCAUCGCGCGUGUGGCUGAGAACAAGGAGAUGUGGGGUCACGCGGCCAGUGAAAUCGACAAGGCGACGAGUAUGAUUCGGUUCUGUACGAGUGAAGAGUAUCGUGCAGAGGUUGGGGACAAGCAGUUUAUGAUUGAGACGACCUCGUAA